CACACAUCUUGCUGCGGAGUUUGGCUUUGGGCGGAUGUGGUUUCAGAGACUGGCGGAAGCAGCCGUCGGACCCGACAGGAUGGGGGUGAAGCUGGAGGUUUUUCGGAUGGUGCUGUACCUUACCUUCCCAGUGGCCAUGUUCUGGGUCUCCAACCAAGCUGAUUAUUUUGAGGAAUAUGUUGUUCAGCGCAAGCGGGAGAUCUUCCCUCCGGAGCGAGAAGACCAGCGCCGGGAGCUAGAAGAUUUUAAAGAGCGAAUGCGGAAACAGCGUGAGGAGAGGCUACUCCGGACUGCCCAGCAGUGACCUGGGCUUUAUCUGGAAAUCGAAGUGCCCCAUCCUUCCCCCCACAGUCUGGAUGCUGCACAGUAGAAGUUGGGAGGUGGGCCUCUUACAAGGGGGCUCCUUUCAUCUCUGUCUUCUGAUGAGAAACUCUGGAGGUGCCUAUCCCCUCCUCAGUCCCUGGCUCCACUGUACCUGUAGAAGCUUGUGGCCUUGAGAAAUAGUCCACCGCCCAUCAUCACCCAAACACACAUUAACCCUGUACCCUUCCCCACUUUGGUUCUUGUCUUUCAGGGCUUUAGCUAAGAGUCAUCAGGAUAACCAUCCAAGGAGAAUUGAGAGAAAACCUUAUAUUCUUCUACCCCAAUUCCUUAAUCUAAUGACAAUAACAACUCAGUUUGACCCCUCA